AUGCUGAAUUUCCUGAUCUACUCGCUCUUUUUCGCCUCUUCAGAAGCUGGUGAGAUUUUUUUUCGGAUUUUUGAAAAAUGCGACUCGAUUUUACCUGGUUUUUGCAGUGAAAUGCUACAGUUGUGCCAGCAACAAUAUGAAAGAGGUAAAAAAAAGUGUUUGCUAAAAAGUGUGUGAAACAAAAUAUUUACAGAAUUUUCUCACAAAACAACGUGGACCAGCGAAUCGAGUCGGUGAGCCGAAAGUGUACAGUGAUGACUGUACAUCAGGCACUUGGGUCAUCAAAGUACAGUAAUCCUUAUCUUCCCAACAAAAAACAACCAAAAUGUUUAGGACCGAAGUAGUGACGAUUGUGGCACAAAUGGCUUCUGUUUCAAGUGGCAACAGGCUCUUAAUAACUCGGGUAAAUUCGAACGUUUUCAAAUUCCACGUCAACUAUCUACCGUAUUUUAUAAAGGAUCUUACACGUACAUGACAUUCCGAGGAUGCUACAACAAGCUGUACAAUACCAACGAUCCGUCCACUUUCCAGCCGCCCAAUCACUCGUAUUGCACCUCUUCUAACGUAUGUUAAACGAUGCUCCGGUAUUCCACUUUGAUUUAAAAAACGCUUCAAAACGAAAUAUUUUAACAGAAACUAGUUUCAGGUCCCCUUGGCAUGUCUAUCCGAUGCUUCAAUAAUAGAGGAUUCGUGUUGGUGUCAAGGAGAUUAUUGUAAUUCUUCAGAAACUCGACGGAAGCUAUUAACUAUUGUGUUUUCCUUAUUGUUAACUCAUUUUUUAACGUUUUAGCAGAAACACCCAAAUAAAUCUAGUCAACUCUGUAUUUUUUUCACACAGAAGUCGACAUUUUUCGCAUUUCACGCGAGAACGUUAGUUUUCCUAAUCGAAAAUUACAAAUUUUCGCUUUACUCGGCUCAAAUCGGGCUCCGCGAGCCGGUCCGGGAAACGCGUCAACUCUUCCGCUUGGCGUGUUCCUGGUGCUGGCGCAUUUCCCGUGUACGUCAGAAAAUGACAACUGCUGCAAGGAUAUUUGUCCAAGCGGCACGUGGGGUGCAAAAAUGCAUGAAGCGAGGUGUUUAUUGAGAAUUUCCGCUUUUUGUACACCACGGGACAUCGUUUUAUUAGCCUUUUCUAUAGAUUUUCGAUGGGAAAUCGUUUUUGGAUAGUGUCAUUCGCCCUUUAAGGUUACUGUAAUUUUUAAACUUUUAAGUAUUUUUACUUCCGUUUUUUGUGGAAACCGUAGAAAAAAACCGUGAAUAUCACUAAAUUUUCAGCGAAAAAAACGGCAAAAUAAAUGAAAAGUCGAUGAAUGGUGUACAAACUAUAUCAAGGUAGGGGGAAAACAUCAUAAUUUAACAAAAAUUCAUUGAAAUGCUUGCAGAGACACAAGUAGAAAUGCGAGCGAAUCGUCCAGUAUUCAGGAUUUGCUGCAGAACGUAGAAGCCAACGAUUUGUCGAGUGUUGUGAACGAAGAAGUCUCUAUUACCCUUUCGGCACCGCCGUCGCCUCAAACUCCCCGCAAAAUUGAUUUCCAGACGCCGAUGUAAGCAUCUUUGGCUGAAAAAUACAAUUCUACAUGCAUUUUUCCUACAGCGAAACUCCGAAACCGCACAUUUUACGGCGGAAAUUGGCGGUGGAGGAAAAGAGUUCAAAAAUCGAUUCGGUCGGCAGCGAUCUCGAAGAUGACGUGAGCAUUGAACUUCUAUUGCUUUUCAAUAAAAUUCACCAAAAUACUUUUAAACUGUUUUCAAUCAAAAAUGUGUUGCUAAGCCUUUGAAAAUUAGCAAAAAGAUCGAAUUUCCAGCGCGGCUCACCGAUUCCAGUUCGAAAACCAUCACGAAUAUCGUACGACGAGCGGUUAACAGUGAUUUGUGACAGUCAGACGUCCUCACCUCUUCGUAAGCAUUUUUUGAUGCAACUAUCGAAAAAUAAUCGCUCACAAAAUAGUUAAAAUCAUCUGGAAAACAUUUUUCAAGUUGUUUCCGAAAUUCUGGACUAUUUUUCAUGGUUAGGAUGAAGGUUUUUUAUCUUCAAGCAAUCCGAAUACUGCUGAAACAUUUCGAAAAAAAUAUUGAAAAGAAAAUAACCCCCACCAGUUUCAGACACCCCUUCACCGUCCCAGGAUCGAGAUGCGGCGCCAUUUUCAGAAGUUUUUCAGCCAAAAGGAUUUUUUGGAUUUUUUUGGGAUGAAUUGACCAGGUAAUUGCAGAUUUCAAUAAACUCCCAUAAGAAUCAAGAAAUUCAGUGUAAAAUUUCAUUGAAAUUCUAAAAAAAAACUCCAGAACAAUUCUAUAAUGACUACUCUUAAAGUUUUUAUACAGAGGUUACUCGCUGCACAACGAUCAUGCGCGGUUCUCGGAGAAGCGGCGGAAAGUGUACGCGUUUCUGCGAAUUCCACUGGAAUUAGAGCAAUUUCUGGCCUACGGACUCCUUCAAUGCAUCGACGCAUUCUUUUAUCUCUUCACAUUUCUACCGCUCAGAUUUUUGGUAAUUUUUUGCAAUUUUACAGUAAGAAAUUGUUUUCAACAAUUCCAAAGCGUUCAGAUGUCAAUAUUCGGCGCUCUACUACGUGUAAAACGAUGGACGUCUGCGGAGACUUGCGAUUUUCUAAAAGUAGUCAUCAUUUUGUGCGCUUCCAUGCUCAUCAGAGAAAUUGGUAAUGUUUGCAUAAGUUUCUAUUGAAAAAUGGUAAAAUAACUGCAGAUUCGUCGUUUUUAUACCAUCAAGUUAGGAGUCAGGGCGUCAUAAAAUUGUACAUUUUCUAUAAUAUGCUCGAAGUGGCCGAUCGGUUAUUCAGCAGUUUGGGACAGGUUUCUAAUUAUUUUUGUAAAAAAACGAGUUUUUCACCCGAAAAUUGCAGGACAUAUUCGACGCGCUGCUUUACACGGCGAACAGCGAGAAGCGGUUCUCGGCUCGGCAUCUGAUGCGAACGGGCGGUCAUUUGAUCGUGGCGAUCCUCUACGCGACGCUUCAUUCAUUUCUGGUCAUUCUCCAGGCAACAACCCUCAACGUGGCAUUCAACUCGCACAAUCAGACCGUUCUCGCCAUCAUGAUGUCGAACAAUUUUGUCGAAUUGAAAGGAUCCGUCUUCAAAAAGUUCGCAAAGGCCAAUCUGUUCCAGAUGGCGUGUUCGGAUGUCCGCGAACGGUUCCACAUAUUCGCAUUGCUUUUUGUAGUCAUGAUACGGAAUAUGACAGCCGUCAACUGGAAUAUAGACUCUUUCGCUGAAAUGGUUCCCGAUAUGGUAAGAGAGAUUUCACAGAACAUUCGUAACAAAAAAUACGCUAUCUUUAGGUGAUGGUAAUCGGUUGCGAGUACUUUGUGGACUGGCUCAAACACGCGUUCAUCACGAAAUUCAACGAAAUCAACGCGGAGGUGUACAAGGAUUUCACGAUUACGAUAGCAUUUGAUGUGAUCCGCAGCAGGGACCAGAGCGCGUUUUCCGAUUAUUCCGAUCAGGUAUUCAGCAGAUUUUAUUUUUUUGCAUAAAAACCUUUUUUUUAGGUUUCCCGUCGGAUGGGCUUUAUUCCGAUCCCCCUCUCGAUCAUGAUAAUUCGAGUACUCAGCCAAACGUUCUCACUUGACAAUUGGGGCUCUAUUCUUGUUUUUGGUAAGGAAAAUAUCAAAACAAUUUCAAAAAUACUGAACUGUUCUAAUCAUUCUACUCGAAAAAAGUUGCAGAGGUUUGCCGAGUACAUAGCUAGACUUUAACUAUUCCUAUACAAUUUUUCUCUUCAGUAAUCGGUUGGCUCUUAGUAUUUUCGAUCAAAAUCUGCAACGGGGUGAUCAUGCUCGGAAAAGCGUGCCAACACGUGAAAAGAUUCCGAGACUUCCAAGCGAGAGCCGAAUUCGAGCUGUUCCGGAAGCGGAUGGUCGAGAAGAAGAGCAAAUCGGCGCCCAAUUCGCCCAGAAUGUCACUCAUCGAUUUCACCGGUACGCGUUCUUCUUUUUUGUAGUUUUUCUUUCAAGUCGGCAAAAAUUGCUUUAAAAAUAUCUAAUCGAUUUUUUUAAUCGAAACAUUAUGAACACAAUCAUUUGUAGAGUGAUUUCUUCAAGAAAACAACAGAAGCUUCAUGUUUUGCGAAACAAAAAUUAAAAAGAAUAUUUUCUUUUUUGAGUUUCUAAAUCAAUAUUAUCCUAUUACAGAUGUGCUUCACCAACCUGCGGCCGGCAAAGGAUUCACAGUUUCGGAUAUGCUCAGUCAAUGGGACGAAUUGGAGCCGAGUUUGGUGAGUGGAUAAUUUUUGAUACACUUGCUACCGUUUGUUUUUUAUUGCGUAGCAUUUUUUAAUUUCUGUAUUUUUGCAGCUAUCAGAAGUGCGUCGAAGUACGGAUCGUGAGACGGUCAACUCGAAUUUGGCAGUCAGAAACGACGAGCGGACGCCCAGAAGAGCGAGGAGUAUGGCCAAUAUUUCGAGGUAAAAUUUUUUUCAAAAAUUCCCUAUUUUUUCCGAAAAAUCAUGUUUUAGACGAGAUCGAAGCGAGCCGCCGCCCGGAAGUGAGCAAGAAAACGGAACGAGCGGCUCCGCGAGCAACGCAGCCGAAGAAAUCAUUUUGAGCGCCACGACGAACGCAGCAAAUGGCGUUGGAGAAGCGUCGGCGGAACACGGGUGAGUAUUUUUGGGAAAUUCGAACAUUUUAGCGAAGCUUCGUUGAUUUUUCUGUAAAGCAAUCGAUUUUUCGAAUACAAAUGGAACAUUUCAGCGGUCAAUCGUCUCCAACAAAGAAAAAAGUGACGCCCUCUUUGCCUGGAGCCAAUUCCAGCUCCAACGCAUCCGCCGCCACGCCAUCCGACGAGCUGGCCGAUGUGACCGCCUAUAAAAUGCCCGAACAAGGAGUUCAACGCAUUGAAUAA